UGGGUUUGAGCUUGCACACACACAUAUGCUUGAUUCUUCAGCAUCGAUGAUCCAUCUACCCCCAAAGAACUCGAACUAAACUAAUCCAAUCCAAACCAAUCCAUCCAUCCACAAUGUCCGACUCCAUCCCCUCCGCCCACGCUGACCCCGAGCAACCCCCACUCCCCGCCGCCAACGCCGAGGACCGCAAAGCCGCCGCCGCCCUCUCCGCCCUCCACACCACCGAGAUCACCACUACCGACUCCGCCGCGAGCGCGAAGGUGACCUCUGCUGCGGAUCAGGAGGCCCUGGGGAAGGCGAUGAGCCGGCUUGAGAUCGCGGCUGGGCUUAAUGCAGGCAAGAAGCGGGCGGGGACGGCGACGGCGACGGCUACGGAUACACAGCGGGGCAAGGAGGGAGGGGAGGUCGUGAAGAAGAAGGCGGUUAAGGUUAGCGCUGAGGAUGUUAAUCUCUUGGUGGACCAGUUGGAUUUGAAUAAGCUCAAGGCUACGGAAUUGUUGAAGGCGCAUGAUGGGAGCGUUGUCCGGGCGAUCAAGGCGUUUAUCACCCCUGCUUGCUAGUACCCGUGCUUAAAGGCUGCUGGUCAGUCGGGUUUCGGAAGUGGGUUGCUUGGGGGGGUAGAUGAACGUGCUGUGCGAUUGAUUGUCUGCGCUUAUGCAGGACAGAAAACCCCGGAAAGGGAGGGAGGGGUAGCUGAUUUAGAUUCCCACUACCUGCGAAAUUGCAAAGGCCUGUAAAAGCUAUGGAACAG